UCACCGCCUCCUCCUCCUGGCUUUUUAGAAAAAGCUGAAGGCGCCCACACUCAAUGCAGCAACGUCAGAACAGUGCUCCUCUCUAAGGGGGGAAAAGUGAGAGAAAUUCCCAGAGGGUUUGCGCGGAGACUGCUGGAAAUUUUCACCUGGAGUAAAACCUGCCGAGCUAGGAUAUUUAGAGGGUAUCAGAGGCUCUCCUGUAACCAUGGGGGACGUGGUUUCCUCUCACCUGGAUGAGGAUAGGCGGGAGAUGAUUACAGUUCGGACCAGACAAUGGAUGAAAGAGUUCGGCCAAGUGUACGAGCAGCAGUAUGCAGUCGCUCUGUUCAACAGUGUCCGCUUUGAGAUAGAAGGAGGAGGAGGGACGCAGUCUCAGCUGCUUCACAGAAAGGACCCUCUGGCAGGUCGCACCAUCUUCUCAGGGAGUCUGUUUCAGUACCUGGAGGAGAAUCGGAAAUGGAGGAACCGUUUUGUCUUCGUGCCCAAUGACUACACCAUAAACCUCUAUGAGAGCAAAGCUGCACACGAACGGGGACUGCACCCAAAAGUAACCAUCAACUGCGCCGGGUACAAGGCCCUCACCUCAAUGGAGGAGUACAUGGAGCUGAUUAAUAAAAGCCUGCCAGGUGUCAAGGCCAAAGUGGGCAGUAACCCAUUCAUCAAGUGUGCAACUGGGUUCCCCCUCAUCCUGUGGCACCCAUACGCCCGCCACCACUACUUCUGUGUGAUGACUGAGAAGGAGCAGAAGAAGUGGCACGCUGUGCUGCAGGAUUGCGUCAGAGACAGUAACAAUGGUCUGCCGGAGAACUGCACUGUUAAAACGCCGGCAUUCACCGACGCUGUGAGACUCCACAGACAAGCCCGAGGACAAUAUGGGACCUGGGAUAUGAUGUGUGGAACACCACCACAGAUUUUGGCUAAUCUGGUGAUGGAGAGCCUCCACCCUGACAUAAGAAACAUGAUUGUCCCUCGCCUGAAGGGGAAGAUGCAGCAGAGGCAGAAGAACUGGAUGCUGAUAUCGGAUGCCGUGUACAAGCAGGUGUUGUUUCAGACCACCGGGCAGUACGAAGCUCUAGUUGAAGCCUGCGAGGCCCAGAGAGGCCCACUAGACGCCAGGCUGCGAACCGACAUGGACCAGCUCAUCACGUCUAAAGAACAUGUCAGCAGCAAGCUCCGAGCUCUAGUGCUGCCAAAAGCAGAGCAGAUCCUGCGGACCAACAUCCAGCCCUACAUCAACUCCAUUUUGGAGGCGCUGAUGGACCCCACCAGCCGAGGUUUCGCCGAGGUCAGGGAUGUUUUCUUCAGGGAGAUGGUGGAGAUCAGCAAGAACUCACUCAACGGAGGGGGCAAAGAAAAAAUGGGAGAGAACAUGGAAAGGCUGUCAAUGCUUGCCUUCCAUCCAGUGAAAAUGCAGAGCUGCUACGAGAAGGUGGAAGAGCUCAACCUGGAAGGACUGCAGCAGAGGUUCGACGUCUCCAGUCCAUCUGUGUUCAUCAGUAGGGCUCAGAUCCUUAUGAGGGAGCAAAUGGACAAUGCAGUGUACACAUUUGAACAGCUGCUUAACCAGUCCUUAGAGGCCCAGGGAGACAGUGACAUGUGCAAGAUCACCCAGAGAUGCCAGGACAGAGUUCUCAAGAAAUAUGACUAUGACAGCAGCUCGGUGCGCAAGAAGUUCUUCAGGGAGGCUCUGCUGCAGAUCAUCAUCCCCUACAUGCUGCAGCAGCUCGCGCCAUCCUGCUCACCCGAGCUGCCUCGUUUCAAGGAGCUAAUCUUUGAGGACUUCUCGCGUUUUCUGUUGAUAGAAAAUAUGUUUGAGGAAGUGGUGCUGCAGUCUGUCUCCAAAGACAUAAUGAUGGCUGUAAAGGAGGCAGCUGUGCAGAGGAGACAUAACCUCUACAGGGACAGCAUCAUUCUGACCAACAGCGACCCCAACCUGCACCUGCUUGGGGAAAACCCCCAGGUGGACUGGGCCACCAAAUUUGGCGGUGAUGAGCCGGAGGGCUCUGUCAGCAGUGCAGAUGAAGGAAGGGUUUUUGGGAGAAGACGCAAGCAGGUGGUGUCAAUGAUACAGCCUGACGGGGUGCCUCUGCCCUAUGAAUCCUGCCUGGAGGUCCCAGGGGUGGAGCUGAUCCCCGAGGAGGAUGCUGAGAUGUUUCUGAGCAAAGAGGAGGACCAGUUGGAGAAUGAGGAGGACCAGUUGGGAAAAGAGGAGGACCUCGGCCCCAAGUCUCCUGAUAGCGUGAAUGAAAUCAGGGACUUGAUAAAUCCGGUGGUUGAGGUGGUGGUGCCAGUGUCCAAGGUGGAGCAGAGUGAAAUCACCAACAAAACAGAGGCGACCACUGGCAGCAUCACCGUGGAGGAUGGGGUCAAGGAGGACGUGACUCACGUCACCACUGUGGUGGAGACCGUUCCAAAGGGGUCUCUGCAAGAGAAGACGUCCCCACAGGCAAUCCUCCAGCAGCUGGCAGCGAGCAAGAAGCAGGAAGUCGAUAAGGACGAAGCAGCCAUCCAGAACGCCAUCGAGAAGCUAGAGAUAGCAGUGCAGGAAGAUGAAAGUGAACAGAUUACCGAGAUCUCUGCAGCUGAAUCAGAUCAUGAGUCCUCCCCACCACUGGUUACAGACUCCAGCUCACGUGAGGACAGCGGCUUCCAGUCACCCACCAGCGAGGGACCAGUCACAAAUGGUCUGAAUGGAGAGGAAAAGAUCGUCGACCCCGUAGAAGUGGAGGUUGUUUUAUCAUAAGAAGACAUUCCUCCAAAUAAACUGGAGAAACCUGCAGACGAAUGGCGGAUUGCAUAAAUAUUGAGAAGCUGAAUGAAUAUGGAUUGUAUUUAAGGGGUUAAAUAUGCCUUUCCUUUGUUGCUGUUGAUAUUGCACAGUCCAGAACCCAGUCCUCCAGUUUUUUGACAUGUAGAUUUGGUGAUUGGUGAGUGUAGUCUUUCUAUAUAUUUUGCAUGUUUCAGUAAAGUCAUAUCCAAUUUCUAUAAACCCUCCAUGUCCAAGGCUGUGUCCAUUACAGUGGUAAAUUAUAAAAAGUUUUUUUUUUUAAUAGCAGGAAAUAAUUUGAAUAUCUGUAACAUUAAAUGCUCUUGUAAGUACAACUUACACUUUACUGCAGGUAAUCGGAGCCUUGCCUAAUGUUCUCAGCCUCUAUCUGGUCAGCAGGGGGUGCUACAGCAAUACUUUCUUCUUCAUCCUGAACUGUAUUUAUCCAUUUUUUUGUAAAAUGUUACUUUGCAAGCGUGCAAUUUGUUUACUUUAUGGCCUUUAUGUUUCAAUGCAUUUCAGUACAAAUAGGCAGGGAAUGGUAAAUACAUCUACAGUAACUUUAAAACAAAGGUUUUUUUUAACACAUUUAAAAAAUAAAGCUUCUUGAAGUUUCUUGAAGAACCAUCAACAGCUCUGGAGGAAGCCCGCUUGAUUAUUAGAAGGAAAACCUUUAAUCUUGGCUUCUAGUGAUUGAUAGAUUAUAUCACUUGCAUCAAAUAUUACAUCUUUUAUUUAAAAUCAUCCAUCUAACAGACACACUGCUGUAGUGAUCUCAAGCUGUAAAUUUAGCUUGCGUUUUAUGUGACAACAGGGCCCUGUUUCAGAAAGCCGGUUUAGAAAACUCAGAGUUAAAAAUGAUACUCAGCGUUGAGUAACCCCGAACUGUCCAACUCGGAAUAUUCAGUUUCAGAAAGGCUGAUAACAAUUAGUUCAA